GGAAUGCGUUAGGGUGGUUCCUUUUUUUUAAGUUGCCAUGGUGGCUACCUCCUUUUUGGCCAUAGAGAUUAGAAAAAUUCAAUCUGAGGGCCCAUAUUGUGGAAGGGUGUUUACGGAAGGGACCAAACAUCAUUACUGGGCCCGAAAUCACAGCCUUGCCCCACGCUUCCCUUCUUUAUUGUUUCUUUCCCUUUUCCCAAACCAGCUCCCAAACCCAAAACCCUUUUCCCUUUUCCCUUUUGCAGAGAGCAGCGCAGAAGCUUCUCUGUCCGCGAUUUCUAUUCGGCGCCGCCGCAUUGUCCGCCGCCGCCCUCCCCUGGUAAAGACGGAUUUCUCUCCGGCGUUGUCCGCCGCCGCCGCAUUCUCUCUCCGGCGUCGUCUCUCUUCGGCGCCUGCGUAUCUUCCGUCUCCACCAUAACCCUCCCCCGCGCAAACAGAGAAGGAAGGGUUUUCUGGACCGUCGCCGCCGUCGUUCCUUUCUAGCGAGGGUUGUCGGCGGCUGGUUCUUUUUCCGUUGGUGGAUAAACGAGCGUUUUCGGCGUCUCACCGGCGGCGACAUUCAUCGUAUCUCUUCCAUCAUCCAUUCCCGUUGUCGGCUGUGAGCUACUGAUCUGAGGAAUGGCAAGAACCAAGAACCCCAGUCGUAGGGGCUCAAAACACAAGGAACCUGUUACCUACAGCAGUCGUCAGGUUCAAGUUGGAAGUGGGCAAACCUCGGACUCUAUUGAUGAAGCUGUGCCGCAGAAGGAUAUGGGUAAAUCUAAAGCACCUGGGAAGAAGUGCAGCCCCGCAUCGAUUAUAUCAAUUGUCGAGAAUGGUAUAACAAAUUCAAGGAUAGAGCUAAUAAAGAAGCUCGGAUUGGAUUUUGUUUUCCAUUUGAAGAUGAAAAGGUUUGACAGCGAGCUGCUUAUCUGGUUGGUUGACCAUUUCAAUGGGGACAGCAUGUCGAUUCAGAUGGCUGAUGGACGUCACCUAGUCCUCACAGUUGAUGAUGUGCAACGGGUUUAUGGCCUUCCUCGUGGUCAAAAGCAGGUACCCAAUGUCAACAUUAACAAGUGCAAGACACUGCCAGGACAGAUGUUGCACAUUGAUUCAAAAGAGAAGCAUUGGAACAAGCUUUGGUCCUUGGCAAAAAAGUUACCCGACGUGACUGAGGACGCGAUCUGGAUCCGGAUGUUUGGCCUUUAUUUUUGUAAUGGUAGUGUUAUGCUCGAAUGGUAAUUAUACCUCGUGGACAUAAUUUUUGUUUAAUAACUCUGCCAGUACAAACAUAAUCUGGAAUUUUGUCUUUAUAACUUGAUGUGGAAUGGUAGU